GGGAUAAUCUGGACACUUGCAGGAUAGCAGCUAUGAGAGCUGCUGAUACACUUAUGGCUGCUGAUGCUGCAGGUGCUGGAGGUGGUGGUAGUAGUGGUGGUAGAGGUGGUGGUGGUGGUAGAAGUGAUGGGCCAGCUGGAGGUGGUGGCAAUAGUGUUGAG